AUGGAGGAGCUGAGCGCGGCGCUGGCGGCGGGCGUGGGGCUGGCGGGGCCCUGCAGCCCGGCCGCGCCGCACCCCCGGCUGGCCGCCUACAAACCCCGCGGCGGCCCCGGACAGGCCGAGCGCCGGCAGCGCCUGCUCCGCAUCCAGAGAGAGAGGCGGCUGGACUACGUGAACCAUGCCAGAAGGCUGGCGGAGGACGACUGGGCAGGGGUGGAGAGCGAGGACGAGGACAGAGAAGGGGAAGAUGCGGAGGAAGAGGCGAUGGACGUGGAUGCUGGCAAAAAGCUGCCCAAGCGCUACGCCAAUCAGCUGAUGCUGUCAGAGUGGCUGGUAGAUGUCCCCUCAGAUCUGGAGCAGGAGUGGGUUGUGGUGGUGUGUCCCGUCGGGAAAAGGGCUCUUGUUGUGGCCUCCAGGGGCACAACAGCAGCUUACACCAAGAGUGGCUUCUGUGUCAACAGGUUCCCAUCCCUGCUGCCAGGGGGAAACCGGCACAACUCAACCAGUGACAAAGUGUACAGCAUCCUGGACUGCAUCUACAAUGAGGCCAAGCAGACCUACUAUAUCCUGGACGUGAUGUGCUGGAGAGGACACCCUGUUUAUGACUGCCAGACUGACUUCAGAUUCUUCUGGCUCUCCUCAAAAAUCCAAGAGGAGGAAGGGCUGGGAGAGAAAAGCAGGAUUAAUCCAUACAAAUUUGUGGGCCUGCAGAACUUCCCCUGCUCCUCGGACAGCCUGUGUGAGCUGCUGGCUACAGACUUUCCCUUCGAGGUCGACGGGCUGCUUUUCUACCACAAACAAACCCACUACACCCCUGGCAGCACCCCGCUGGUGGGCUGGCUCCGGCCCUACAUGGUCCCUGAGAUCCUGGGGCUCACCGUGCCUGCCACCGUGCUCACGGCCAAGCCGGACUAUGCCGGGCGGCAGCUCCAGCAGAUCAUCGAGAGCAAGAGGAGUAAAAAACUGGCGGAGGAAAAGGGCCACCCUUGCGAGGUGGCUGCGAGGAACGGACACUACGAGCUGGAACACUUGUCCACCCCUCAGCCAGAAACGUGUCCAGAGGGCCGGGAUGGAGCAGUGAGCCAGAUGGAGAGUUAAACUGCUGGGACAGGCCAGUUGGGCAGGGAGCAGGGAAAAGGCUCCCUGCUUCUCACUGUGCCUCGUGUUACUGAGAGGGGGCAGAGUAAUGAUGAUAGGAUGGCUUUGUUAAAGGGGAUGACAGUGGAAUAUCUUGCCUCAGGUGUUGCUGGAUUCUUUUUAUUUGUUGUUAUUACAUACUUUUUGCCAGGACUUCUGUGAGGCCUUAACAGGAUUGUCUGGUUCUUCGCUAAAGCAGCUGGGAAAUGAUCUGUCCCCAUAGCACAAGGAUACAGUUCAGCUCCUGACCCUGCUUCUGUUAGAAUCUUGGCAAAACUCCAGCAUAGGAACAGUGCUUGGACCUCUGAGGUGCAGCUGGUGCUUGUGACCCUUGCAGCAGCCCCACCUUCCCAGCCCUGGAAAUCGGGGCUUGUCAGCCUUUGAUCCAGCUGUCUUCUGAGGCCUUUUCAAUGGAAGUUGUUACUAACAACAAGUUUGCAGUGAGCUGCUGUAAAUCCAAAGGCUGGACUUUCCACAGCCACACCUUCUUGGGAAAAUCUAAAUUUCCUUGCGUUGCAGCAGGACCUGCCUCGGAACAGGGCUUUGUGCGGUGCACGCACAGCAGAAGCCUCUUUCUCCUCGAGGCUUUUCUCAGUGGGGGGAGGAAGGAAUGGGUUCGCUCUGAAAAACGCUACCAUUGAUCGUGCCAAAUAAAAGGUUUCUCAGAAAGACAAA